AUGUUCCUCACAUACUUGAGCCGAGGGAAGCCAUUACGAACAUUAUUGGGCUGGGUAGUCUGUGGGGCAAAGGGCAAGAGGUGUCAAGAGCACAUCAAUAGCAUCCAAGUAACAAGCAGGCGUUUGGAGUUAGACCGCAUGCUGGUGGAAGAUUAUAAUCGAGACUUCCAUGACGUGGCAUCUCCCAAAAGGGAAAUGUCCACAGAAGAUAAGAAAUGGCUAGAUCUAAAUCAAAAGGGGGUUAGAACUGUAGAGGGGGUUUAUGAGGUGCCACUGCCUCUGCGUGACAAUCUUGGACCCUUGCCAGAAACAAGAGACAUUGCAUUGUGCCGUAUGCACAGCCUUCGUAAGAAGGUAAUGAAGGAUAGUACCUACGCUAAGCAAUACAGUACCUUCAUGACCAAGAUGCUACAGAAAGUAUAUGCUAAGCGAGUGACAUCGGCUAGCCAGGAAAAUGUAUGGUAUAUCCCUCAUUUUGGUGUGCAACAUACAGACAAGCCAGACAAGGUCCGUGUUGUAUUUGACUGUGCGAGCAGGGUGGAGGGCACGUCGUUGAAUGACCUAAUAUUGCAAGGACCCGAUAUGAUGAACUCUUUGCUGGGUGUGUUGGUUAAGUUUAGGGGAGGUCUGUUUGCCUAUACAGGGGAUAUAAAUACAAUGUUUUACCAGGUAAGGGUACCAGAACAUCAGUGGGACUACCCCAGGUUCUUUUGGUGGGAAAAUAGUUUCAAUGAGGAGCCAACUGAAUUCAGAAUGGCUGUACAUCUGUUUGGGGCCUGUUCAUCACCAAGCAUUGCGAAUUUUGUGCUGAAACAGACAGCAAGCGACUUUGGGAAUGGGUUCUCCGAGGGAGCACGGGACACCGUUGCUAACAAUUUCUAUGUAGAUGACUGUUUGAGAGCCGAGGAUCGUCAAGAUGCCUUAAGUAAUUUGUUAGAGGUUAAGAAGCUUUGCAAAAAAGGGGGAUUUACAUUGACGAAGUUCAGUAGCUCAUGCGUGGAGGUUUUGUCAUCCAUCCCAAGGGAGUGGUACGGUAAGGGCAUUUCAGGGUUCAUAGAUGGAUCAGAGUCACAUAAGACAAAGGCAUUAGGAGUACAGUGGGACUUGGCCACAGAUGAAUUGGGUGUCCAGGCAGAUCUAGUUUCAGUUCAAAGGACUAAACGCGGCUUGUUGUCAGCCAUAGCCUCGAUUUACGACCCCCUCUGCAUAUUGGCACCAGUUUUAAUUGAGGGACGGAUAAUUGUGCAGGACUUGUGUAGAUUGAAGAUAGGCUGGGACAUGGGAUUGGACUCCGACACCACUGACCGCAUCAGGGUGUGGGUGAACAAGUUGAAUCAGACCAGAGGGAUAAGUGUGCCAAGAUGCCUAAAGCUUAUUGGGCGGGAGUCAGCUACCCUAAUACAGCUGCAUCUGUUCUUGGAUGCAAGCAUCAUGGCUUUAGGAGUAGUGGCAUGCUUGUGGGUCACAGAUCAGUGA